UUCCUUCCUUGCCCCGGCGGCCUGGCCGUCCACGAGCCCUGCCGUGACGUGACGACAUGCGCGCUUGUCGAGCUGGCGAUCCCUAAGCAGAAGGUGCGGCGCGCCCCGUCCGACAAAAGAUCCAUCCUCCUCCGAGAAGCCGCGGCCGUGGGCUGUGCGGCCGUGGAAACUGGACUGAACGGGUCUGGCUUGCCCUGCUCUGCCCCGAGCGAGCGAGCUCUGUUCUUGGUGCUCUGUUAUCGCGGAAACAAGAUGGAUGUGUGUUGCGGCGGUCGGUCGUGCGAGCCUCCCACCCCCCCGACAAGGGAAGGAGAGCCUCCUUUGUCUGUCCGCCGGGCCUGGCCUGGUGCUUGCCUCUCGGACCAUGCCGACUACUACUUAACCCCCGGUGACGCCUCUCACGUUGCCGAUCUCCUUGGUUUCUCUGUCGGUCCAUCCUAUCCGUCAGCUUGCCUUGCCGUCGGGAGGUGUCGUGUGUGUCGUUGACUGCAUAUUUAUCGAGAGCCUCGUUGCUUGGCCUCUCCCCUCGUUUGGUCCCCCCCCUUCACCCCCAAGUGAAGCCUGCUGCGCUUCUCAGUCAACUCACUCUCGUUCACCCUUGGGGGAUCCCUCCACGUGGCUCUGCUCACGAUGCGCAACGGCGUCAUUGCCGCGGCCCUCCUGGCCGGCGCGGCCGACCUCGUCGCCGCCGCCCCGGGCAACAAGGGCUGCAACGCGGAUAACUGCCUCCGUGCUCUUCGCGCGACGCAGAUUCCCGGCCGCCUCGAGAGCGCUCGGGCCUUCUGUGCCUCUUACACGGCGGUGCCCGCGCCCACGGGCCUCGCGGUGCCUUCGUAUGCAGCCGAUGCCUGCAAGAAGAACCCGAACGGCGACCAGCCGGCUCGUCUGUCGAGCGCCUGCGCCUGCAUUGCCCCUGGAACGACGACGACGACGCCGCCCACGACGACGCCCAGUACCUCGUCGACUACCACGACUACGCCCACUACUACCACGCCCACUACCUCUCCCACGGCCAGUGCCUGUGCCCAAGUGAGCUCUUCGUGGGCUGCGCAGGUCAAGACCAGCAAAGCCGUGCCGACGGUGGCGGCCGCGCUCGCUCAUGAGUGCUUGAAGUCGGUUCCCCUGGGCAAGGACGCCGCCAUCCAGCUCGUCGACGCCAUUGAGCCCUACCUCGAGUGGCAGAGCGACGCCGCCUACAAGAAGGAUCCGCCCAAGGACUACUUCUACCCGGGCUUCGACAUUUUUGGCAAUCUGGCCAAGGUCAAGGCCAACCUCCAGGCCGACAAGUACGACAGCGAGUACGCCUUCCAGACGGACCUGUACGAGACCGUCUUCGGCCCCGGACACGACGGCCACUACGUCUUCUACCCUGAUGCCUUGGCCAAGGCCUUCAAGUGGCGCCGAGACCGCUCGCUCGUGUCCAUCAGCGAGGACGGCACCUCUCUGCCCGUCAUCAAGCUGUACGAGGAUGUGACCAAGGACCCCAAGACGGCGCGUGCCGUCACCAAGAUCAACGGCAUCGAGGCCAGCAAGUAUGUCGAGGACACGAUCAACAAAGCUACGUACAACCAGGACGUUGACUCGGCAUACAACUCCAUGUUCUACUCCAAGGCCUUCAGCGCCGUCAACAGCCUCACGGGCUACUUUGCCGGCGGCGGCCGCAUUGGCAUCAUCUACCAGGGCCCCAACACGACCUUCACCUUUGCUGAUGGUGAGGAGGUGACGCUGGAGAACAAGGCCAACAUCGUUGGCGACUUGACCGGCGUUGUUGACGGCGCCUCCUUCUACAAGAAGUUCUGCACGCCCGCUCCCUCGCAGCAGAGCAAGACGGACAAGGCGGCGGUGGCUCAGCUGCCUGGCUACCCCAAGCCUGUCAUCACGACUAGUGACGGCGUCGUUAGCGGAUACUACCUCACCGGCGAGGGCCUCGAGCACGUGGCCGUCAUUGUGCUGACGGCGUUCGAGGGCAACAGCCCCGCUGAGUUCCAGGCCGUGACGCAGGACUUCUUCCACGAGGCCAAGGCUGCCGGCAAGACCAAGCUGGUCGUCGACUUCCAGGUCAACGGCGGAGGCUACAUCCUGCUGGGCUACGACUUCUUCCGCCAGCUGUUCCCCCAAAUCCAGGAGGACGGCUUCAGCCGCUGGAAGCAGAAUGGCGGCUUCAGCACCAUGUCUCGCAUAAUCAGCGAUCUCGUCAAGGACGUCGACCCCCAGAAUGAAGCCAAUGGUAACCUCGUUCAGCUCUACGAGUCGUGGUACAACUACCGCUACGAUCUGAACCUCACGCUGGGUCAUUUCGCCACGUUCGAGGACAAGUUCACGCCCCAGAUCUUCAAGGACACGCCCUACACUUCCCUCAUGCGCUGGGACCUCAACGACCCCCUUACCACGACCAAUAGCACCUUUGGCAUGGGCAUCGAGAUCUCUGGAUACGGCACCCGCAAGAACCUGACGCAGCCCUUCAAGGCAGAGGACAUUGUGCUUCUCUAUGACGGUGUCUGCGCCUCGACGUGCACCCUUGCCUCGGAGAUGCUCCGCAUCCAGGGCGGCGUCAAGUCGGUUGCCUUUGGUGGCCGCCCGCGCGAGGGCCCCAUCCAGGGUGUCGGCGGCAUCAAGGGCUCUCAGGUCCUCCAGUACAAUAACAUUUACUCGUACACCAACUUUAUUGCCGAUCUCACCGACGACCCUAAGCAGUUGGCCGAACUCAAGCGCUACACGGAUCUUCCCAUGCGCCGCUCCACCGCGGCCGCCGUCAACGUCCGCGAUCAGAUCCUGCGUGACAACGUCAAUGACGGCCUUCCGGCGCAGUUCGUCGCCGAGGACGCCGACUGCCGCCUGUACUGGACCGCCCCCAUGAUCUCGGACGUGACUGAGAUUUGGAAGGCGGCCGCCCACGCUGCCUUCAACGGCGCCAAGUGCGCCCACGGCGGCAUCAAGGCGUCCAAGAGGAGCACCACAGAUGAGCUCGCCCCCGCGGCCCUCAUGCCGCGCGCGCGUCUGUCGGCGAGCGUCGACAAGACGCCGGUCCAGCACUCGGAGGAGUGGCUGGCUCUUUACCAGCAGAAGGCUAUCGAGUAGUCUAGCAGCAGCAGCAGCAUGCUAGGAUAAUAGCUCUAGAAAAGCAGUUUUAUUCCACGU